GGAGUCGGGCCCUGGUUUAUGAGCCAGUGAAAUGAGCAUGAUCCCAUGCCGGUCACCAGCACUCUUCUGUAAAUAUGGUCCAGGCUCAGCAGUUCACUUGCACGACACGGACGACCCUAGUACUGGUCACUUCUCACUUUCUUUCCCCUGUCCAAGACCCGAGAUGCACUACGGCAUGACUGAUCCUACAUGCUUGUAAGACCCCAUUCAUCAGCCGUCAGCACUUCACAGAUUCAUGUCACUGCUAGACCUGAGAAAUCCGACCAAGUUGAGCGACGCACAGUCGCCUUGAUGCACCGCACUCAUGAUGCUUGCAACCGCCCCUACGCAGUAGGUUCUCGGCGCAUUCGACCACCUUUCCUCUUCUGGCCAGCUUCAAGACGGCACGGCAUCUCUUCACUCUGUAGGACACAGACACUGGAGCGGCGGACUUGCAUGUCCCCGGCGCACGCACUUUCCAGAUGGUCAAAGCAAGACACGCCUCGCCUGGCUGAAAUGGGUGGAACGACCAGAAGCCUAGUGCCUAGCGGCUGCUUAGCCGGAGUCCUCGAGGGCAGAAUUGUUCCAGAGCUUGACUUACCGGGCCGUUGGAGUUUGAAAUCCCACGCCCAGUGCUCACACAGUUUGGCACAUCAAAGUGUCAGGUUCUGGCUCUUGGCGGCGGCCGCUUCACGAUGUUUAGCUGGCCUGGUGGCGGAAGUCCGCUGGAAGACUAGUCUGGAUUUAGCUCGUGCUGUCAACUCUUGGAUACCUGUAAACGUCGGUGUGUCGCACUUUACCUAA